AUGAAGAAACGGCGAGACGAGAAGUGGAACGAUCGAGUGACACUGAACGUGGGUGGUAUUCGACACGAGACGUACAAAGCAACGCUGAAGAAGAUCCCGGCGACGAGACUGUCGCGAUUAACGGAAGCUCUGGUGAAUUACGAUCCGAUUCUUAAUGAAUAUUUCUACGACCGGCAUCCGGGCGUCUUCGCGCAGGUGCUCAAUUACUAUCGCACGGGGAAGCUGCAUUAUCCCGCGGACGUGUGCGGUCCGCUCUUCGAGCAGGAACUGGAAUUCUGGGGAUUGGACACGAAUCAGGUAGAGCCGUGCUGUUGGAGCACGUACAGCGUCCACCGAGACACGCAAGCCACCUUGGCAAUCCUCGAUAAGCUCGACGUCGAGGGCGAGAGGCUCAGCGACGAGGAAAUUGCGCGGGUGUUCGGCUUUGAGGAGGAGUACCACGGCGGCGUCUUAACGAGAUGGCAAAGGUUACGAUCUCGCGUCUGGAUCCUCUUCGAUGAGCCGUACUCGUCGUUGACGGCCAAGUGCAUAGCUUGCGUGUCGGUCCUCUUCACCUGCCUGUCGGUUCUCUGCUUCUGCGUGAAGAGUUACGCGGAACCGCCGGGGAUUAAGCACGAGGAGGAAUCGUCGGAGGACCGCUCGAAUAAUACCGGAAACGUCGAUCCUCAUCGAGCAUUCUUCUAUUUGGAACACGCCUGUAACGCCUGGUUCACCGUGGAAAUCGUGCUCCGCUGUCUCGUCAGCCCUAGCCUGAAGCGUUUCGCUAUGUCGCCGGUCAACGUGAUCGAUCUGCUGGCGACGAUGAGCUUCUAUACGGAAUUUUCGGCGGAGCCGAACCUCUAUCUGGAACUGCUAUCGAUAGCGCGCGUUCUGCGGUUAUUCAAGUUGACGAGACAUUCGCCCGGACUUAAAAUCCUCAUUCACACUUUCAAGGCGUCUGCGAAAGAGCUGGCCCUGUUGGUCUUCUUCCUCAUGCUGGGAAUCGUGCUUUUCGCCAGUCUCAUAUUUUAUGCGGAACGUCUGCAGGAGAAUCCUGACAACGAUUUUGACAGCAUACCUCGAGGCCUCUUGUGGGCUUUGGUCACGAUGACCACUGUAGGCUACGGCGAUAUGACACCGAAAACUUUCCCCGGCAUGUUCAUCGGCGGACUGUGCGCACUUGCCGGUGUCCUUACUAUCGCUCUUCCGGUUCCGGUCAUUGUCAGCAACUUCUCCAUGUUCUACUCGCAUACGCAGGCGCGCAGCAAACUACCGAAACAGAGGAGGAGAAUUCUACCUGUUACACCGAGGCGACCUCAUUGGAAUCACACCGACAGCGGAGAUCGUCGAUUUCUAGCGAGCCUCGCCUCCAAGUCAAUGCACUCGACCGGAUUAAAUAAUAUUGUGUAA